GAACCCGUGAUCACAUCAAAGAUCCUGGAGCGUGAACCAAAAGAUAUAUCUGGUGGAGAGCUGCAGAGGUUUGCGAUUGCUUUAGUUUUCUUGCAGAAGGCAGUGAUAUACAUGUUUGAUGAACCAUCUAGUUACCUUGAUGUGAGGCAAAGACUCAAAGCUGCUCAAGUUAUACGCUCGCUCCUCAGACAUGACAACUACAUAAUUGUGGUGGAGCAUGACCUCAGCGUCCUUGACUAUUUGUCUGAUUUCGUUUGCUGUUUGUAUGGGAAACCAACAGCUUAUGGUGUUGUGACUCUCCCCUUUUCUGUUAGAGAAGGGAUCAACGUGUUCUUGUCCGGCUUUAUCCCCACUGAGAACUUACGUUUCAGGGAAGAAUCUCUCACCUUCAAGGUUUCUGAUACUCCACAAGAGAGCGAUGGGGAAGUGAAGUCUUACGCAAGAUACAAAUACCCAAAUAUGAGUAAAAAGAUUGGAGAUUUCAAGCUGGAUGUGAUGGAAGGGGAGUUCACUGACUCUCAGAUUAUUGUAAUGCUUGGGGAGAACGGUACAGGGAAAACUACCUUCAUCCGGAUGCUGGCAGGUGCAUUCCCACGUGAAGAAGGUGUAGAAGAAUCAGCUAAUAUGCCAGAGUUUAACGUAUCAUAUAAACCGCAAGGGAUUGGUUCGAGGCGUGUGUGUACAGUGAGACAGUUGCUGCAUGACAAGAUUCGUGAUGCAUAUGUGCAUCGUCAAUUUGUGUCGGAUGUAGUGAGACCGCUUCAGAUUGAGGAGCUCUUGGAUAAAGAGAUAAGCAAACUCUCUGGUGGAGAGAGGCAGAGGGUUGCCAUAACUCUAUGCCUCGGUAAACCUGCUGAUAUCUAUCUGAUUGAUGAGCCAAGUGCGUAUCUAGACUCUGAGCAACGGAUCACAGCUUCAAAGGUCAUUAAAAGGUUCAUCCUACACGCGAAGAAGACCGCGUUUAUCGUGGAGCAUGACUUCAUAAUGGCGACCUACCUUGCGGACAAAGUUAUCGUCUACGAAGGACAGCCUGCCGUCAAGUGUACUGCUCAUUCUCCACAGUCGCUCCUCAGCGGAAUGAACCUUUUCUUAUCGCACCUCAACAUCACAUUCAGACGAGAUCCGACUAACUUCAGGCCAAGGAUCAACAAAUUAGAGUCCACCAAGGACAGGGAGCAAAAGCUUGCGGGAUCAUACUACUUCUUAGACGACUAAUUCAUGGUAAAAAUAUAGAGAAAGAGAGCUUAUUCGAUAUGCAUAAGUGCCUCAAUUUGUUGUUGUGUUUGUACUGUGCUAGCUAGUAUUUACGACUGAAGCAAUUCCUAUUCGGAUUGCUCUAGU